AUGCCAACAUUUACAGUUGAAGAACAAUCCUCCUUCUUUUCUAACUUAAAAACUGUUGUUCUAGCAACACGUAAGGAUAAAAUAAACAUUGUAUAUUUUGUUGUAUUGACGAUUUUUGCAUUACGAGAACUGAUGGUAAGUGUAGAUACAAAUUCAUUAGGAUUACUUGUUAGUACGGUACAUACAGCAUUUUGCUUAUUUUCUAUUAUUAUUUAUUAUGCAGGAAAGAUGUAUGCACAUAGAAGUUCUACCGAAACAAUGACUUACGGAUAUCAACGAGUUGAACCUUUAUUAGGAUUUAUUAACGGAUUUUUCUUAGUUCUUUUUUCUGCAUUCACAUUGAUGCAAUGUGUUGAAAGAAUGAUAGAACCUGUAACUAUUUCAACAGAGCUAGAUAGUAUUCGUUCAAUCAUUAGUACAGUAUGUUGGGGAUUAUUGAUUAAUGGAAUUGGUUUGUGUUUCUUCUCAGACAUUAUUUUUGUUCGUGAAGCAUCACCAACAUCAUCUUCUAUCCCUCAAUCACAAAAAAGAUUUGUAAUUUUUCAUUUUAUUCAAAAUAUCACAGUAAUAACUAUUUACUCUAUUUCGUUUUGGUAUCCUGGUAUCAUUAGCUACGAUGGAUUAUUUUCUAUGGCAAUGGCUUUCAUUGUGAUUUAUAUUGCUAUUCCUAUUCUUACUGCCAAUGGAAUGAUUUUAUUACAAACCUCUCCUCAGUCUGUAUAUCCUCAAAUUUAUGCUAAAUUACAACAACUUCAACAAUUAGAUGGUGUAUUAGAAUAUAAAAAUGAACAUUUCUGGACAUUAUCACCAAAUAACUUUGUUGGUUCUGUUGUAGUUGUUAUUACUGAAGACGCAGACGAACAAAUAAUUCUUAAACAAGCUCAUGAAUUAUUUGAUUCAGUAUUAAAGGACAUUUGCAUUCAAGUCCAGAAGCACAAUUAA